GGUGUGUUCCUGCGGCUCCUCGCUAAGCUGGAGGCUGCCAAGGCCGACGAGUCGCUGGGGCCCGCGGUGGAGGCGGUCCUGCGGCGAGUGAUGGGGCACAUCUACGUGCUGGCGGUGACGCAUAUCGAGGAGGGCGCCUGGACCGGCGCCGGGUCCCGUGCGGUGGCCACGGAGCUGCUGGGGGCUCUGGUGAGGGCCGCGGGCUGCGGGACGGUGGCGGAGCUCCUUCGGGGGAGGAAGGAAGAGGAGGAAGGAGGAUUCGCGGCGGUGAUGGGGCUGCUGAGGCCACGGCUGGGCAAAGACACCUGGAAGCGCAACCCAGCCACGAAACACGUCUUCUCCUGGACACUGCUGCACAUCACCCGGCCAUGGCUCAGCCAGCACCUGGAGCGCGUCCUCCCCGCAUCGCUGCUCAUCUCGGAUGACUUUCGGGAGGAAAAUAAAGUCCUGGGUGUGCACUGCCUGCACCACAUCGUUCUCAAUGUGCCAGGUGCUGAUCUGUGCCAGUUCAACAGGGCUCAGGUUGUGUACCAUGCCCUUUACAAUCACCUCUACUCACGAGAGGCUCCUCUCAUCCAGGCAGUACUGCUGUGCCUGCUGGACUUGCUGCCAGUCCUGGAGAGAGCGCAGCGGCAGCAGCCCAAGCCAACCUCACCCUGUGAUGAGGUGUUGCAGCUGGUUCUGACCCACAUGGAGCCAGAGCAUCGGCUCGCGCUGCGACGGGUGUAUGCCAAAACCCUGCCUGCCUUUGUGCAGAGACUUGGCAUCCUGAUAGCACGGCACCUGAAGAGGCUAGAAAGGGUUAUCUUGGGUUACCUGGAAGUCUCUGAUGGCCCUGAGGAAGAAGCCAGACUGGGAAUACUGGAGACACUGCAGUGCACCAUAGAGCAUGCUUGGCCCAGAAUGCCAUGCAGGCUCCCUGUGCUGCUCAAAGCCUUGCUGAAGAUGAUCUGGGAUGUCCACACUGAUCAGGGUUCAACACCAGAGCCAGUGAGAGCUGCCUUGCUCCAGAGAGCCACCGAAUGCCUCAUCCUGCUGGAUCGGAGCUCUGAAGGACAAGUGAAGAUUCUGCUGGAAGGCGUGUACAGCUGUUGUGAGGAGAACCGUGUACAGGAAUGCAUCAGGAGAGUGCAAGAGAACACGUGAGGCAUGACAAUGUUAAUUGUGCUUUUUGUACAGUAAAAUAUUUUUUUUAUUUAA